GAUUGUGAGGCUUCCGAGUUUAACUUACAAGGAGACUACAAAAUUGGGGGCAUUUUUAAGGUGCAUACAGCCGGUGACAUCGCAGUCCAAAGUUCUCCCAUGGCACUGGAAUGCUUGACGCAGCCAUUUACUAUAGAGGGUUAUUCGAUGAUGCAGGUGAUGAGGUUUGCUGUACAGGAGAUUAAUAACUCCUCUACCCUCCUGCCAAACAUCUCUCUUGGCUAUAAGAUAUUUGAUACUUGUGCUGCUGUUCAGAAUUUUCCUUCCAUUCUCGAUUUGAUCUCAAACAAUGGGAAAAUAACAGUUGUGACGAAUCGUGACAACAUACCGCACAAUGUCAUUGCUGUUGUGGGCCCAUAUGGAAGCGCCGACACUGUGCUUCUUGCACCUCCUUUUAUGAUGGACUUGAUUCCAAUGAUUAGUUAUGGAGCUUCUAGCUCCACUCUGAGCAAUAAGUUGGUGUAUCCAUCUUUCCUGAGGACUGUACCAACCAACAAAGAUAUAAUUGGCUUAAUCAUUCAGAUCAUAAACAAUUUUGGAUGGAACUGGGUGGCUUUUAUUGGAAGUCAAGAUGACGAGUACAGCCGUAAUGGACUCGAGUUAUUCCGCGAGUACAUACAAGACACCAAUAUAUGCUUGGCCAGUCUUUAUGCACUUCAGAAGAACUCAAAUUUUGAAGACGUACUACGAAAGAUAGACUCACUGAGUAUAAACGUCAUCAUACUUUUUAUGCUGGAAGACUACGCCAGAGACGUUAUUAAAACAGCCAUAAAGAUCAACAUAGAGGGCAAAGUUUGGAUAGCAGGUGAUACAUGGUCUAUGGACAGGGAGCUCUCCACUACACCUGGGAUUGAGAAGAUCGGGACGGUUUUUGGAGUUACAGACAGGACGCUGAGCUUGCCUGGAUUCGCAGACUUUGUCUACAAGUCACGGUUCAAGGGUGAAACUGAUGAGUGCGUGAACUGCAGUUCGGUUGGAGAGACGUGUAACCAAGCUUGUGAAAACUGUACGAGCUUGAAUGUAGAAAAACUGAUUCAUGUAAACCCCACAUAUUCUUUCUCCAUAUACACUGCUGUGUACGCCAUUGCCCAUGCGUUGCAUGUUGCACUCAACUGCAGCAAGGUGGGGUGCAGCAAAGUUCAAGACAUUCCACCUUAUUUGCUUCUACAAUAUGUGAGAAAGUCAAACUUCGCAUUGCACAAUCGGGUAAUUCGAUUUGAUGAAUAUGGAGAUCCACCAGCUAGUUUCGCAGUGGUGCACUGGAGACCAAAGAGAGACCCCUUCUUUGUGAUGGUUGGCACAUAUGACACAUAUCCAACUGUUCGGUUUACUCUGAACAAUAACCUGGUGUCCUGGUAUGACAACGGCACAGUGCCUUUUUCUAACUGCUCGGUCGAAUGUGAGACAGGUUUUGCGAGAGUGCAGAAUUCAGUACAAAAGUGCUGCUUUCAGUGUGAGAAAUGCCCGGCCAACACGUACAUCAACACCUCGGUGGACUUCUAUACCUGCACCUCCUGUCAGGAAGGUGAAUGGUCAGACGAGGGCAGCACAUACUGUAGGAAGCGUUCCAUCGUUUAUCUUCAGUACACCGACCUUCUCUCUAUACUUUUCCUGUUAUGUGCGGCCUCCUUCAUGGUUGUUUCCGUCACGAUCACCAUCCUCUUUGCAAUCAAUUACAACACUCCAGUGGUGAAGUCAGCUGGUGGCAGCAUGUGUUUCCUCAUGUUAGUUUGUUUGAUUCUGUCCAACAUCGGAGUGUUCUUUUAUUUUGGAGUCCCUCAGCCUGCCAGCUGCGUGUUACGAAACAUUUUUUUUAUAUUUUUCUUCACCGUGUGCCUUUCCUGUAUGGCUGUGCGCUCCUUUCAAGUCGUGUCUGUCUUCAAAAUGGCCGCGAAGUUCCCGAAGGCAUACAGCUGGUGGAUGAAGCACAAUGGCCAGUGGCUUUGCCUUGCCGUGUAUACUGUUCUACACCUCAUCGCUUGCUGGAUAUGGCUCCAAUUUGGCAGACCAAAGCCCUACAACGACAACGCGUCCUUCAAAGAUCAGACUAUUCUUAGUUGUGAUAUAGGGACAGUGGUCACGUCCAUCUUAGCUUGGUCUUUCCUCUGGGUUCUCAGUGUGGUCUGUUUUUGUUUUUCCUACAUGGGAAAAGAUCUUCCCAAAAAUUACAACGAAGCACAGUCCAUCACAUUUAGCCUAGUUUUGUUCUACCUGGGCUGGAUUGCAUAUUUCACAGCGUACAUCGUGUUCAGAGGACCGUACGUACAGCUUCUUAAUGCUGUGGCCCAGCUGACUAGUUCAUAUGGAAUCAUCAUCAGUUUCUUCAUCCCGAGGACCUACAUCAUUGUUUUUCAACCAAGCAAGAACACUCAGGCAUACUUUCAGACAAAAAUUCAGACUUAUACCCAGACCAUUAGCAGAAUGUAG